UUUUCUCGCCGUUUCGCGUUUGCUAAGCGCAUCGAACUCUUUUUCCUCUUUAUUAUUUUUUAUUUUUACUCUCUCUAUCUUCCCUUUCUCUCUCAUCGUCGCGUCUUGUUCGCACAAAAUCUCUGGAUUUCUCUUCCAUUCCCAGCGAUCGAUCUCGAUUACUCGAAGAACCCUUCCUUUUCCCUUUCCUUCGCCGAUUUUUCCGAUUACAAAAAAUCGCCACCUAAGCCCUAAAAAGAAAAAGGAAACACCACACUUACCCCUCUUUCUCUCUAUCGAUCAGCUAGGUUUUCUUUUCCCCCUUUGUUCGAUUGGAUUGUAUUGUACAGCAGUAGCAGGAAGAAGCAGAGAUCUGAGGGGCUUGAUCUAGGGUUUUUCGAUUUUGUCGUUGGUCUCUCUUUAGCAGUCCAUGCCGAUUGUUCGAAUCUAGGGUUUUCAGUUUUUGCUGCUGUGGGGAAAUUCGACCUCGAAUUAAUGUUUCUUUUCAGGGAGAAUUGUGGGAUCAAUGAAGAUGGAGGAAUAUUAUGCAUGGGUCCGGUCCUGAGGAGUGGAAACACAGCCGGCACAUGUGGCCUGUACCUUCCAACGCCACCGCUGUAGCCCCUGAUUCUUCACCGUCUGAAUAUAUAUGCAAAGAUGGACGCAAGAUUCGUGUUGGUGAUUGUGCACUUUUCAAGCCACCCCAGGAUUCCCCACCUUUUAUUGGAAUAAUUCGCAAGUUAAUAGUUAAUAAAGAAGAAAGUCCAACUUUAGAAGUGAAUUGGCUUUAUCGACAUGCUGAUGUGAAUCUUGCCAAGGGCAUAUUGGAAGCUGCCCCAAACGAAGUCUUCUACUCCUAUCACAAGGAUGAAAUAUCUGCUGCAUCAUUACUCCAUCCGUGUAAAGUCGCGUUCCUUCGUAAAGGUGUUGAACUUCCUUCAGGGAUAUCUGCUUUUGUCUGCAGGCGAGUGUAUGACAUUGAGAACAACUGUUUAUGGUGGCUAACUGAUAAAGAUUACAUUAAUGCUGUUCAGGAAGAAGUUGACCAGUUAUUAGAUAAGACAAAAUUAGAAAUGCAUGGGGCAGUGCAGUCAGGAGGCCGUUCGCCAAAAGCUUUGAAUGGUCCGACGACAACACAAUCAUUGAAAUCUGGUUCUGAUAGUGUUCAAAAUAAUUCUUCCCUUGGUGCACAGGUUAAGGGAAAAAAGAGAGAAAGGGGUGAGCAGGGGUCUGAUCCAUACAAAAGAGAGCGGUUAUUUAAAGCAGAUGAUGGGGAUUCUGUACAGGGUAGACCUGAGAGCAUGUUGAAGUCUGAGAUUGCUAAAAUUACUGACAAAGGUGGGCUUGUAGACUUUGAAGGAGUUGAAAGACUUGUACAGCUCAUGCAACCAGACAAUGGUGAUAAAAGAAUAGAUUUGGCUGGGCGAAUUAUGCUUGUUGAUGUUAUAGCAGCUACAGACCGUUAUGACUGUCUUGGUUGGUUUGUACAGCUUAGGGGUUUGCCUGUGUUGGACGAAUGGCUCCAGGAGGUCCACAAAGGGAAAAUUAGUGACAGUAGUAACCAUAAAGAAAGUGACAAAUCUGUGGAGGAAUUUUUGUUAGCGUUGCUUCGUGCAUUGGAUAAGCUUCCUGUUAACCUUCAUGCAUUACAAACAUGCAAUGUUGGGAAAUCUGUCAAUCAUUUACGCACACACAAAAAUUCUGAAAUUCAGAGGAAAGCUAGGGGUUUAGUAGACACGUGGAAGAAACGUGUUGAGGUUGAAAUGAAUAUGACUGAUUCAAAAUCUGGUUCUACUCGUCCUGUGUCAUGGCAAGUAAAGCCAGCAGCUUCUGAGGUCUCUCAUGUUGGAAAUAAGAAAACUGGAGGACCGGAGAAUGCUACAAAGGGAUCUGCAAUUCAACCUUCGGUAUCUAAACCUUUGUUGGCUAAGCAUGCUUCUGUGGAGGCCCUGUCCAAGUCCUCUUCAGCUCCUGGUUCAAUUAAAUCGAUGACUACUUCAGUAAGCAGUACCUCUAAAGAUCAAAAUGUUAAGGUGGUAGUUGGCGCUGCAGCAUCAGAUCAACCGUUGACACCUAUCAAGGAGGAAAGGAGCAGCAGUUCUAGUCAAUCUCAGAACAACAGCUUUUCUUGUUCUAGUGAACAUGCAAAAACUGGUGGGUCUUGCCGGGAAGAUUCAAGGAGCUCCACUGCAGUGUCAAUGAGUGUGAGCAAAAUGCCCGGUGGUGCAUCUCGAACCCGGAAGUCCAGCAAUGGUAUACAUGGUACUGGUGUCGCUCUUGCUCAGAAGGAGCCCACUUCUGCAAAAAGUUCCACUAGAAAUUCCCCUUCUGAAAAAGUUUCACCAACUCGAGUAUCCCAUGAAAAGUCUCCUGAUCAGCCAACCGAUCAAGGGAGUAAUAAUCAGCGUCUGAUCCUUAGGCUGCCAAAUACUGUUCGCAGUCCUUCACGAGGUGCUAAUGGUAGCUCUUCUGAAGAACCUGCUAUUCCUUGUGGGAAAGCUUCUCCUCCUUCUGACAAGAAUGAGUCUCAGGAUAGAAGAGUGAAGGCUAAGAAUGAUGGUUUGCAUACCAUUGCUUCAUCAAAUGUGAUAACUGAGGCAUGUGCUACAAGUUGUGAGGAUCGUAACGGUUCUCCUCUGGGUGAUGAACGGGGAAGGGUUAAUGAAGAUGGUGAUAAAGUAGCAGAGACAUCAAAACAAACUAAUUCCCCUUCAGGUUUUAUUUCCAGAUCUGGGCAGACUUAUGAUGCAUCUUUAAGCCCUAUGAAUGCAUUAGUUGAAAGCUGUGUGAAAUUUUCUGAAGCAAGUGCCUCUGUUUCGCCUGGAGAUGAUGGGAUGAACUUACUUGCUACUGUUGCUGCAGGGGAAAUAUCCAGAUCUGAAAAUAUCUCACCUCCAGCUUCACCUGAGGGGAAGUCAUCUGCGGCAGAUGAAUCUAGUUCAGCCAAUGUUUCCAAGCUAAAACAUCCGGCUGAAACAGCUGCUCAUACUGUUGCACAAUCUGAUGCAGUAGCUUCAGGAGAGCCUCAGUUUAGUGCUGUUGAGUCAUUGCAAUUUAAAAAUGAUUCAGGGCACCCUGUGACAACAAUGUUGCGUGAUUCUUCUGUAGACGAAGCUAUUUCAUCUAGUUGUAAAGAGAAAUCUGGUGAUAACAGAGCUCAAAUAAAUUGUUCAGCUGCAGAUUUGUCACAAAAUGCCGAAGCUGUAUGCCCAGACUCUCAACCAGUGAAAGUUGACCACUUGGGUGAGACA